UAACCCGCUUGAUCAUUUCAAAAUUCAAAUUAUCAAUCCUUUUUAGUUUUCGACCUCCCAAUUCUCACCAUUUUUAGGGCUUCCAAUUUCCUCUCUGCUAAAAAGCGAAUUACAGCAAAUCGCUCUCUCUAUCAUCAGAAUUCUGAACAAAAAUGGAUGGGCAUGACGGUGAUAAUACAAAACAGAGCACUGCUGAUAUGACUGUGUUUGUCCAGAAUCUUCUACAGCAAAUGCAAACCAGAUUCCAGACAAUGUCUGAAUCAAUCAUCUCAAAAAUUGACGAGAUGGGAAACCGGAUUGAUGAACUUGAACAGAGCAUCAACGAUUUGAGAGGUGAAAUGGGUCAAGAUGGUGCUCCAUCGCCUUCAGCAUCUUUGAAACCAAAAGAGGAUGCGAAGCCAACAGAUGAUUCUAGUGCAUAAGCAAGCAAUGAUACUCCAAGUUGGCCACGUUUGUUACAAUUGUUUUGAUUUGAAAGUCUUGUCCCAUUUUGUCCAUUAUGACAUUUGGUUGUAAUAUGAUACAUAAACUGUGUACAUGGAUUCUUGGGUUGAAAUAUUUUGACCUAUGCUUUUGGUCAUUGUUGAGGUUAUUAAAAU